CGCGGGACCUAUCAACAGUCAUCUCAGUUGACUAUUCCACACCUCAAUUGCCAUUCUAGUCCUCACAAUGGUCGUUUACUACACAAUUGCAGGCCGCCAAAUUGGCUCCCACGUCCUUGCCAUGGCGACUCUCGGAACUACCUUCCUCGGCUGCUACCUUGCGAUGCCAGGAAAGACGGACAAGAAACAGGGACCGCCCAUCAAGGCCAGCAGCAAGGAUGAGGAACAAUUUAUCCAGUACGUCCGAACGGCAUAUCGCCCCAUAUAUGCACUUUCACCCAUUUUCUACUUCGGACCGCGUUAUUGCUUUUGUCAACUAUCGUCUGCGUCCUUCCAAUAUCAAAAACAUGAAUGAAAAAUCAUUAUUCUAACUGCAAUACAGGGACUUCCUAAAAAACAUAGAGGCUGAGGAGAAGAAAAUGAAACAAUAAAGUCAAUACCUCCCAUAAUUUUUUCGCCCCGGUCCCCUAUAUCUGACGCCCGACCCUGUACACCAUCCAUUUCUCGCAUCAUAAGUUUUUAGAAUUUUUAUCCUCGAAUACACUAGUUCGUUUUUUG